GUGCUGCCGGGCAGGCCGCCAUGGCGAACGUGGCCGACACGAAGCUGUACGACAUCCUGGGCGUCCCUCCCGGCGCCAGCGAGAACGAGCUGAAGAAGGCAUACCGAAAGUUAGCCAAAGAAUACCAUCCUGAUAAGAAUCCAAAUGCUGGAGAUAAAUUUAAAGAAAUAAGUUUUGCCUAUGAAGUAUUGUCAAAUCCAGAGAAGCGGGAGCUAUAUGACAGAUAUGGAGAACAAGGUCUACGGGAAGGCAGCGGCGGGGGUGGCGGCAUGGAUGAUAUUUUCUCACAUAUUUUUGGUGGAGGAUUGUUUGGCUUCAUGGGCAAUCAAAGUAGAAGUCGAAAUGGCAGAAGAAGAGGCGAGGACAUGAUGCAUCCGCUGAAAGUGUCUUUAGAAGACCUGUACAAUGGCAAGACCACCAAGCUGCAGCUCAGCAAGAAUGUGCUCUGUAGCGCGUGCAGUGGCCAAGGUGGAAAGUCUGGAGCUGUUCAGAAAUGCAGUGCUUGCCGGGGUCGAGGUGUGCGCAUUAUGAUAAGACAGCUGGCUCCAGGGAUGGUACAGCAGAUGCAGUCUGUGUGCUCUGACUGUAAUGGAGAAGGAGAGGUCAUCAAUGAAAAAGACCGCUGUAAAAAAUGUGAAGGAAAGAAGGUGAUUAAAGAAGUCAAGAUUCUGGAAGUUCAUGUAGACAAAGGCAUGAAACAUGGACAGAGAAUUACGUUCACUGGGGAAGCAGACCAGGCUCCAGGAGUGGAACCUGGAGAUAUUGUUCUUUUGCUACAGGAAAAAGAACAUGAGGUGUUCCAGAGAGAUGGGAAUGAUCUGCAUAUGACAUAUAAGAUAGGACUUGUUGAAGCUUUGUGUGGAUUUCAGUUCACAUUUAAACAUCUUGAUGCUCGUCAGAUUGUAGUGAAAUACCCCCCUGGCAAAGUAAUUGAACCAGGAUGUGUUCGUGUUGUUCGAGGCGAAGGAAUGCCACAGUAUCGUAAUCCCUUUGAAAAGGGUGAUCUUUACAUAAAGUUUGAUGUGCAGUUUCCUGAAAACAACUGGAUCAACCCAGACAAACUUUCUGAAUUAGAAGACCUCCUGCCAUCUAGACCAGAAGUUCCUAAUGUAAUUGGGGAGACAGAAGAAGUAGAGCUUCAGGAAUUCGAUAGCACUCGAGGCUCUGGAGGUGGUCAGAGGCGUGAAGCCUACAACGACAGCUCUGAUGAGGAAAGCAGCAGCCAUCAUGGACCUGGAGUGCAGUGUGCCCAUCAGUAAACUGCAGGCAACUGCACGGUGGAUUUUCUCCACAUUUGCCGGAUUUGCCAGCUGCUGGAGUACCUGAUGAGUCCAGAUGAACUGAUGGACAUCUGCUGAUCUAUGUGUAACUUCUAAACUUGGUAUAGUAUCCACAGAGUGUAUAAUUUAAACUAACCACGGAGCUUUACGUCUUCAUUUCGACUGUUCUAUAGCAGAGUAAAGCACUUGAAAUAAGACUCCCUUUCACAUGUGGGUUAUAAGUUUCAGUCCUGGUAUCUGCUUGAUUUUUAUCAGUUUUGUGUAGAGUUUAUGUUUCCUAUUUUAAACUCAGAUCCAGCAUUGUAAAGUUUGUACAAUUCGUCCUGAAGCUGUGUGUUUGGCUGCACCUGCAUAAGCUGCUACAAAUAGAAUAAAGAAUUCAUAGCCUGUAUCUAUCAUUAGAUGCAUGGAAAACUGGGCUUUGCACACAAUGGGUUUGAAGCUGACUGGGAACAAUGGAAAAAAUUACAUUAGCCAUGGUUGUAAAGUUUUUUGGCUUUUUUUUAAAACCAUUUUGUGAAAGGUUUCUGAAACUUGAUAAUAAAAAGCAGUUGGUGUAAAUUA